AUGGCCACCUUCCAGCAGCUCACGGACGCCACAAUAGGCGUGAGCGCCCACGCCUGGUCCCCGGACGGCUCCGAAGUGGCCUUCGCGCCCAAUUCGAACGAACUGAGGAUCGCGGACGCCAAGACCUUGGAGACCAAACACAGCUUAAAGGAGCACGACAUGCUCAUUAGUGCGAUCGACUGGCACCCCCAGUCCAACUACAUCGUGACCUGCGCCCACGACCGCAACGCGUUCGUCUGGUCCUUUGACGACGGAGAGAAGAAAUGGAAACCGAGCCUGGUGAUUUUGCGCAUCGAGCGGGCCGCGCUCGAUUGCAGGUGGUCCCUCGACGGCCAGAAGUUCGCCGUCGCCUCCUCCGCGAAAUGUGUCCCAGUAUGCUAUUAUGAGUCAGACAACAACUGGUGGGUCAGUAAAAUGAUCAAAAAACACAAGUCCUCUGUACUAAGUCUGGCGUGGCACCCCUGCUCCACGGUGUUGGCUACUGGGAGUUCGGACUUUCGCUGUAGAGUCUUUUCCGCUCAUAUUGACGGUGUCGACGGGGCGCAGACGGCUGUCGCGGGUUACGAAGCCAAGCCCUUUGGCGAGGUGCUGGCCGAGUUCGUGUGCAGCGGCUGGGUCCACGCCGUGGCCUAUAGUCCUUCCGGUGCUUCCUUAGCCUUCGCCGGCCACGACGCUUCGAUAUCAGUCGUGACGAAUGGUCAAGUGCAGACGAUCAAGCUGCCGUGCUUGCCCUUGACGCAGCUCCUAUUCCUCGACGAAGCGAAGCUCAUCGGCGCGGGCCACGACGCGAAUCCCGCCCUCUUCGCCAAGACGAACGCCUGGGCCUUCUCCCGCUUCUUAGACGAGAAGAAAGAAGCGGAAACGAAGGCCGCGAGUGGUGUGGCGGCGAAGAUGGCCAUGUGGCAGGCCAAGGACAAGACGGGGUCGGCCCAGGGCGCGUCGGCGGGGUCGACGGCCUGGAAGAAGCACCAGGGGCCCGUGACCUGCCUCAAAAAAAGUGGAAGCGGCGGGUUCUCGACGACGGCGUGCGACGGGCGCCUCGUGGCGUGGGCGCUCUGA